AUGGCUAAAACAGGUGAGAAACGUCCAAUAGAUACAUUACAUUCAAAUAUUCCGGUAUCCGGACAUUUUCCUGAUAUUCCACUAGAUUUGGCAGCACGAAAACGAUUUAAAUUUAUGAUUGAUUAUUUAUUGGAAACGAAUGAUACGAAUGAAAGAUCUGAACGAACAACAAUUACUGCUGGAACAAGUAAGAAUUAUGAUGAUGAUAAUAAUAAGGAUAAUGGUGAAACGGAAGAAAUUGAGGAUAGUAUGGAACAAUUACCAAAAACAUCACCAUUACCUGGAAAUUCUCAUAUACUGCGACAUGUCACAUGUCGCUUAGAAGGACGCGAAUUAUGGAAUAAAUUUUAUGAACUUAGCACCGAAAUGAUUAUUACUAAAAGUGGACGGUAA